AUGGCGGACGAUGGAGGGAAAGGAUUUUCUCCUUCAGAAACGACUAAUGGUGGUGAUAAUUCUCAAUCUGACACAUUGGUAGAGACAAAGUUAGAUCUAGAAUCUGUAUCGUUGGUUCCUGGUGUCAAACUCCGGCCUGGGGUAGCACCUAUCAAGACUCAGUAAGUGUGUUCAAACGUUUUGAAUUGCACGUGGCUGCUACAGAAGUGGAGCUUGCGUGAAGUUUACACUGUACACUGUAUGCUGUCCAUCUAUUGCACAAGUUAAUUGUUAUUUGUGUUUUUUGCUUGCUUUGGUUUGUUUCAUUCUGUUGUAAGCCUUCUCCUUGAAUUAACCAUCGGUGUGACCCACAAUCUCAGACUGUGUUUAAUCGGAGUUACACAAGACUUUCUGUAUAACCUAACCAUUUUAUCUGAAUAUUCUUAGUCUUAAAGAUAAACUGACAAAAUGAUAUGGCUUCACCGACAACCUGGCCACCUACUAUUUCUUAUUUUCUUUUUAAUUUCAAACCUAUUACCUGCCUUGCCCCUCAGUUUUUCUUCUUUUCCUCUCAUUUUUUCAAACAGGUAUUUAAAGAAGGUUUCAAAAAGUGCAGCAAGUAAAGUGAGUUCAGAUGAAAGUAAAGCAUCAUGCAAUGAAGCUGAGAAAAAGAGACCUGUUUGUGAAGAUGAGAGUGAUAACAACAAAGCAGGAGAACCUUCUAAAAAGAAGAAAAAACGUGGAAUGAACAAAGCCAGACCUCGGGCAGCAAAACUUGAUUUUAGCCAGCAGUUGUGCACAAGUGUAGUCAAGGGAGAGUUGUGUGCAUAUGGUGAGAAUUGUAGAUAUCUGCAUGACAUUGAAAAGUAUGUGACAGAUCAUAAGCUGCCUGAUAUUGGAGAAACCUGUGUGAACUUUGAGAAAUAUGGUAAAUGUAUAUAUGGAAUAACAUGUCGGUAUGGGAAGAAACAUAUUUCCCAGAAUUAUGAAAACAUUGUAAAUGAGGAAUUGUACAAGGAGACUGCCCCUUCAAUGACAAGGACUGUUUUAAGCAAAGAGCUCACAUUUUCAUUGAGGAAAAAACAGUACAAGUUUCCCAAAGCAGACACGUUCCUGGCACAGCUUGCGAAAGUGAAAGCUGAAGGGAAGGAAUACAGUGAACUUGGAAGUUUACAAAGACCAUGUCCCAAAAGUACAGGAGCCAUCACAGAUGAAGAUGUCAUCAAACUUAGACCACAAGAAAAGAAAAAGGCAUGUACAAUAACUAUUCAUUCAAUAGGACACAUGCUUUGAAUAUAAGCUGUCACUGAAUAACUGUUGGUUGUCCUGUUUUUUCCUCCUUUCAGAUCAAUUUUGCAGACAAGCUUUAUUUGGCACCACUAACAACUGUAAGUUAUAAUUUCCAACAACUUUAUUGUGUGAAGCUGAUGGAACUGUAUUGGCGUUGAAUUUUUCAGUGACACAUUGUUAACUAUUUGAUCAUACUGGCUUUCUACAUGUAUAACAGUUCAGCAAUCAGUGAUAAAUGCUGUGAAUACCAGUCAGUCAGGGAAAAAAAAGGAAAAUUUUGUCCGGUUUUGACCAGACCCUGGUAAGAAUAAACUCUGAGUACUCUUACUAUUUUUUCUCUUACUAGAGUUUUACCCACAUUCUCAGGGCAGACUCUGGAUGAAGGAUAAUUUCCAGAGUUCCAACAUUUUUAAACCAAAGAGAAGCUCAAACUUUUUAGAUUAAAGAUUUUUCUUAGAAUUAAUCCUGCUUUGAAAUUUAUGUAAGUUUCCUAUUUAGAGAAAUAUUCAAACCAUUGGCUGAAUGAAAAGCAAUGUUGAUAAUUAACGUUGGUUGACUUAUAAUUAACUUAAUUGUUCCUGGUAAAAUUUUGAGGCCUUCUUGUAAGUUACUUUUUUGUAUUGUAGUUUCUGACUCUUGCUUUCACAAAAUAUCUAUUAUUGGGACUCAGAGUUUUUUCUUUGUCCCACACUCUUGAUGACACGAAAAACAUCUUUCUUUAAAUCUAUUAUGCAUGGACUCUGUGCACCUUUUUUUUCAAACAAAUAGAGGCUUGAUUUGCAAUUCAUGUCAGUCCUAUUUUACUUGUACUUUGUUGUUAAUAGCUCCAGCCAAGAAGAUAACUUGAUAAGACAUUUACCUUUAUGUCUUACCUGUAUUUAAUAACACUGCACUUGCUUGUUUGCUCAGUUGGUAGAGUGCUGCACCGGUAUCACAGAGGUCAUGGGUUCAAAUCCUGUAUGGGCCUGAAUUUUUUUCAGGUCUUAUUUCAACUACAAGUUCAUUAGUGUUUAUAGGUGCGAGGAUCUCUUAUAUUUUUUUCUUCACCACAGUGCACAUAUAUGAUUUUCAUAUAUCUACAAUCAUUAUUUACUGCCCUUGUAGGUUGGUAACCUGCCGUUUCGCAGAGUGUGCAAACAGUUUGGUGCAGAUAUAACUUGCAGUGAAAUGGCCAUGUGUACCAAACUACUUCAGGUCAGUCUCUUUGGCUAAUAAAAUUAUUUUACAAUGUUAUCUUGAUUUGCAUUCCUGAAGGAUUCUUGAUUUUGUUUUUAGUUAUGUUUUAAGUAUAUUUAUCGUGAGAAAGAUGAAGAAACUCAAGUUGUCCUUGUAGGGCAGUAUGUCAGAAUGGGCCUUGCUGAAGCGCCACAGCUCUGAGGACAUUUUUGGUGCACAAGUAAGGGACUUAUCUUUAGUUUGCAAAGUACUAUUAUAAUUCCUUUUGAUUUUUUUUCCAGUCUGUAGCCUGAAGUUUACCAAAAUCCAAAUACAGUUAUAAUAAUUUUAUGCAAAAACAAUUUGUUUAUAUGAUGAUUAUAGUGAGUAAAUAUCACUUGUUAUAUUUCAUAUUGUUUGUCAGAAUACUGAAUUUUCUGUUAUAUAUGCAGCUAUGUGGUUCAUUUCCUGACUCGAUGUCAAAAUGUGCUGAGCUCCUUCAGAAUGAUGUUCCUGUUGACUUUGUGGAUAUCAAUAUUGGUUGCCCCAUUGACUUAGUAUUUAAACAGGUAUGAUGAAUUGAGGGGUGCAAACUUUGUGACUUUUAAGACAUGUUGGGAAUAAAUCUUUGUGUUACUUAUGGAUGGGAUAAAAAGAUGAUAUUUGCCCUUGGUUCUACAGGGAGCUGGAAGUGCUUUGAUGGGCCGCAUGGGAAAAUUUGAGCAGAUUGUCAGAGGAAUGAACUAUGUAAGUAUAUUAGGAAAGCUUUUUAUAAAAUAAGCGCUGAUAUGUUUCUUUCCUGUCAAUAAAAAAAUGAUUUUGAAAGAAAUUCUGAUAGCAUAUUGUUAACAAGGAGGUGAAUAUGUUGCAUUUUAUUUCACUGUAGGAAUAAUUUUUAUGAAAGAUUUACUUAUGAAUAUAUAAAUUUGCACAUUGUUGGCACAAUUAAAAAGUUCAUAAUGAUUGAUAUUGGUGGAUGCCUUAAAAGGUCAAUCAAAAUCUUAUUUUUUAGUCAUGAAUGGAAAAACAUUAUCUUUAGUUAUACACUUUGAAAUAAAAGUACUUAGGACUACUUUUAUGAGCUUAUUAACUUAUAUAGUGUAGAUAUCAAUUGGUGUAUUUUACUUUUCAGUUUCAUUUUAUAUUUUAUAUUAUUUUUUUGUCUCUCUUCAAGGUUAUGGAUAUACCUCUGACUGUGAAAAUGAGAACUGGCAUCAGUGAUAAGAAAACUUCAUGGAAUGCACACAAGCUCAUUUCCAAUCUUAAGACAUGGGGCGUUUCACUGGCAACUGUAAGUAAAUUGGAAACAAAUUGGCUAAAGACAAUUGUAAUAACUGAGGACAAUGGUCUAAUCAUCAUUCAGCAUAUGUAAACUUAUGUUGUGAUUAAGAGUUCUGGUUGGUUCAUGUGUUAUGCAUUCUUGGUUGGGUAAACUGAGUUUUGAACUCUCAAACUGCUUCUUUCUGCCUCAGGGAAAGGUUUAAUGAUUGCAUACUGACAUCCAGAUCAAGAGUUCUGGCUGUUUCGCUUCUUAUGCAUUCUUGGCCAAGUAAACUAUUUCUUUCUGUCCCAACAAAAUGAUAAAUAGUUACCAGCAAGCUGUCAUAUAAACCUUAGGUGUAGGGAAGUGGGGAAAGAAGUAACUAGAUAUAAACCAUCAUCUGAAGAAGUUGCAAUACUGCUGUUGGCCUAAUGCCUGAGAGACAAAAGAUUUGAAAUUUGGGUGUAAUCUGUGCUUGUCAAACCUGUCAGUCAGGGUGUGUGUCAAAUCAAAGUUCCAAGCCUUCCAGGAGGGAGUAAGCUGUUCUUUAGUUCUACAUAACUAUAAUUAAUGAUAAUUAAUGAUGAUUCUAUUUUUUUCAAAUGGAAUUGUAAUUUGCUGUUAAUAGUGUGCUGUGACUGGUUCAUAUUUAUGUUGCUGCUGUGCUCUAGGCUUGAGAAAAACCUUUUCUUUUUGUCUUUUUCUGAAGCUCCAUGGACGCUCAAGGGAACAACGAUACACAAGACUAGCUGAUUGGGAGUACAUUAGUGAGUGUGCUAAGGCUGCUGCACCAAUGCCUCUCUUUGGUAAGAGAAUUUUACUUUAUUACUUUUUCUCUAUCUUUUGAAACAGUUUCUAACAGCUAACCCUAAGCAAUUCCGCAAGGUGAAAUUAUCCUGAGGAACCUUUCGUACAUGCAUUUAGGAGUGUUAAGAGUGAUAAACAUAUAAUUUCUUCUCAAACUAUCACCCCUGGAUCAAGCAUGAAGGUCAUGAGAAUGAGGGAGAUGAUCACCAAGUAAAAAAAACUCUUAACUGUUAAACAAAUUCUCCAUGUCAGCACCCGAGGAAAUGUAUAGAGAACAGUAUGGAGAAUAUGCAUACUGAUGUUAGGGUGUAAAGGGUUAAACAAAUUAUCUGCAGCAUUCACAGAUUUCAUCUAAAAUUUUUUUUUAUAAUGUACAAGAUUUUAAAGUAAGUUACUGAUUGUUCUGUUAUUUUCAGGAAAUGGAGAUAUCCUCUCAUAUGAAGAUGCUGUUUUACGAAGAGAGCAAACUGGAGUAUCUGGUUUGAUGAUUGCAAGGUACAAUGCUUAGUAGUUCCCUGGACUUGUAAUAUUAAGGAAAUUCGUAUAAUAGUAUUACUUAGCUUUUUUUAUUACUUGAUGCAGUGUGGUAUAAUGUGAUGUUUUGUUCAAAUGGUGGCAUACAUACCAGUAAAUAUUAUCAUGAAUUUUAUGAUGAUUGAUUCUAAAACAAUGAAAUACUUACAAGAUACUUUGGAAUUACCUAUAGGAGGGUAUUAUUCUUAGUAUUAUUUUGUGUUUAAGUAUAAUACGAUUUAAUUCACCAUCAAGGGUGAAAUGACAAUAUUGUAACAGAUGGCAAGGAGACCCUUUGAAUUCACAGGGCUUACAUUUUCAACUUUGUUUUCAGAGGGGCUCUGAUUAAACCAUGGAUAUUUACAGAGAUAAAAGAAAACAGGUAGGAACUUUCUUGUUAAUCAGAGCUGAUGUUUAUAGUUAAUGCUUUUAUAAAAUGAAAAAUAACAGUUAAUUUUCUUUCAUAAUGGCAACCAUGUCUUGCAAAGAUAUGAAAAUUUCCAGGAGUACAAUCUAUGUAUAGCUGGUGGAGUUUGAAAUUUUGAUGGCUGUUUGAUAUGGUGCUAUUUUAGAGUAUGCAUUUUUCUUAUGAACGGUCAUUUAUUUUGUUUCAGACAUUGGGACAUAUCAUCCAAUGAACGUUUUGACAUGCUGCAGGAUUUUGCCAAUUUUGGCCUGGAGCACUGGGGAUCUGAUACAAUGGUAUGUUUUCCCUAAAUUAAUUCUAGACAUGUAUGUCAUUAGUUGUUUUUUACAUUCAGGUAUAUAUUGUGAAUAUUUGGUCACAACUGGCUACACACUCAGCAACAUGUGUAGAUGAGGAUAUUUUGUUAUUAUUUCCUGUAGGGAGUUGAAAACACAAGGCGGUUUCUUCUUGAGUGGCUUUCAUUUCAAUGUCGGUAAGUCUGCUCAGGUAGUAAAUAAAUAUGCUUACAGCCUAGAAAGUUCAACAAAAAGUUCAAACAGGAAUUGACUGCAUUUCAAAUAAUAUACAGAUUGCUCAAAAAGUGUAGCAUUCCUCUUAACUUUACAAUUUUCUUAGGUAUAUUCCUACAGGUCUGUUAGAAUGGCUCCCGCAGCGAAUCAAUGAAAAACCUCCACCAUAUUUUGGUCGAAAUGAUCUGGAAACUUUGUUGUCAAGUGGAAACUCUGCUGAUUGGGUUAAAAUAAGGUAAAGCAGUACAUGCAGAACUGUCUGACCUCUUCAAUUUAUUCUGGUAAUUCCAUUGUUUGUAUAUUGUUGCAGGUAUAUAUGUUGUUUAUAAAUAAAUGCUUCACCUGUUUACCAUUAAUUUAAUGUGAGGUACAGUAGCCCAACGGUUGGUCAGCUGGACUCUUGGUCAAGAGGUCUGGGUGGGAAACCUGGUGGGGUUCUCAUGAUGAGUCUUGGGGAAAGACUCUUUACUCCUACCAUGCCUCAGUCUCUCCAGCCAGGAGUGCAGAGGGACAGUGCAGUCGAACCUUGAUCAUCUGGACUUGAUCAUCUGAACCUGGAUCAUCUGUUGGGACUCAACAAAAUAGUCCAGAUAAUUGAGGGUCCUGAUAAUCAAGAAUAUGAAUAUUAAUGAGGAACAACAACUGAUUAAAUUACAAAAGUGACAUUUAAUUGUGGAACAAAACACAAAUGGACUAGAUGAUCGUGAAUAAACAUUCAUGACACUGUGCAGCUUGUUUAUCUCGCAUCUAUACCAUGCCAAACAAGCCAAUUGCACGUGAAAUCUCUCUUAGCAAGAAAGCAACUUUAAGCCCAUCAGAACUCAUUCAAAUGUUCUUCACUAGUCACAAUGUGUGCAAGCGUUACUUUUGCUUUUUGAAAGCCAAACAAACUUGCAUUUACUUCACUUUUCAAUGCUCUAGUUUUAAAGAAUAUGGCUACAGAUCUUGAUCAUGACUAAUAAAUUUUCAUGACAAAAUUGGCUUUGGAGAAAAAGUCUGGAUAAUCAAGAAAUCCGGAUAAUCAAGAUCCAGAUAAUUGAGGUUCGAUUGUACUGCAUGAACUGCAUUUUUUAUAACUCUUUGAUCCCUGAGAAUAACUUGCAUCUAAUUUCUCUUCACAAUAUUGCCCCUGAAUUACACAUUAAGCUCACAAGAAUAAAGGAAAUGAUUACAAAUGAAAGAAGCUCUCGGCUGGGAAACAAAUUCUACUUGUCUGGACCUUAGGAAUUUUAUAGAGAACAUUAUAGAGAAUAUGCACGCAGAUGUUAGGAUGUAAAUGGCUUAUUUUAGUUAUAAUAAGCAAAACCAGCUAAAAGCUGAACUCUAAUUGCUUAAAUUAUUUUUUGUGGGCCUUCUUGUCAUUUGAAUUUCACAAUAAAAAGUUUAUGGUUCACUAAACUGUGUAAUUUUGCUGGAAAAGGAUACAAAAUGCAUGAUCAUCAUCACAUAAUUUUGAAAAUAACUUUUAAGAUCACAAAAAGCAGUGAUGUAAAGUUCUUGUAAAGCAGUACGUUUUGAAAGACCAUCAAGGUUAAACUCUGAUAAAGAAAGAGAAAGAUUGAAAUAUUAUUUAACAAGGAUGACUGCAUAGGGUAAUAUACACUGACAUGUAGCUUUCUGGGCUGUUUUUGGAGUAGAUGCCAAUGGUUUUGCUGUUUUCUUCAAAUUAAAGAAAUGUUAAAAGUUUUUUACUACAAAUUUUGGAAAGUGAUCUGCUAAUGUCUGAUGAAUUAUCAGUGCAAAAUGAUAAGAAUCUGAUAAUUUUUUUCUUUGCAUUUUUCUUUCCAGUGAGAUGCUCUUAGGUCCUGUCCCUUCUGGAUUCUGCUUCAUACCCAAGCACAAGUCAAACUCCUACACUGAAACCGAAGGAUAGAAUAAUAGAACUUUUACUUUCUCAAUGAAAAUCAGCAACAGUAAUUGUAGGUUUAAAGAUAGUUUCCACAAAUAUUUGAGGGGUGCUUAUCAUCUUCUUUGUCAUGCAUUAUAACUGCCUGGGGCGCCAGGAUUAAAGAUCAUAUCAAAAUGUAGAUAUCUGGUUAAAAUGUUCAGCUUUUUCAUAAAUAUUUUUGAAGAUCUGGUAGGCAUUGAUUUUCUUUUAUUGUUUUCUUGGAGGAAAAGGUAAUGAAUGGACUGAAAUGUAGUCAAUGGUAAAAAAAAUGAAGUGAACACAUGGUGUAUGGAUGUCAUCUUCAAAACAGUCCAUUAUGGUGCUUCCAAAUCUUAAAUAUAAUGUAUGAUGUCUAUGAUUGGUGGAGUGGAAAAAAUGAUGAAAGAGCCAAAAACCUGAUAAACCCUGGACCCAUUCCAAUCAAAUAGAAACCAAAAUUUUUAAGACUUACAAAAAUAUCCAGACCAAACAGUGAUUUAUUAAUGUUCUCAGCAGCUGUUCGGAUCGUUUUGUAAUGUGGUUGCUUUCUAAAACUGUGAGUAAUGGUUCAUUUUUCUCCAAAAUUGUCAAAAUUAUGUGUGGUGUAUUUUAUGAGGCCAUUACUGGUCAAGGAAAUGAUUGUAGCGUUGUACUAGCUUGAAUUGUCACAGAAAGUUCCUCCAUGACUCAGCGAGUUUUGUACAAGAGCAAUAAAACUCGGUCUACACGCAAUAAUGGGGUAUUGAGUGACUAAGACAAUAAAAAUGAUUAAUUGAAAUAACUGUGAAAAUUUGGAACUGCUUUUUAAAUUCAUAUUUGAAUUGUUGAACCAUAUUGUGCGCCAAAUUCUUUCCUCUUCAUAGAAUCUGAAUUUUAUGGCUUUUGCAUGUUUGAUAUUCGUGGGCAAAAUGGCACCAAUCCACUGUACCAAC